GUGGGACGGCAGCAGCUGCUGGGAUGGAGGGUGGGUGCGUGGGUGUCCCCAGCCCGUCCUGAGCCUCUGCAGCAACAUCUGCCGUGGGAGCCCCCAGCCGCGAGAAACCCAGAGCCUGAAGAAGAGCUGCAAGAAGUAACCUGUCCCCUCCGGCACCCUUCUGACCACCAGCAUGGCAUUGCCCAUGAGGAGCUUGGUCACUGACCCUGCCAGAUACCUCCAGUGUUUCCGCCUCUUCCUGGAGAAUUCAACUGAGCACCAGUGCAUGCGGGACCUGGUGGAGAGGCAGCUGCCGGCUGUGGUAGCCAGUAUUGGAAAUGGGAAGUCUACAAUCAAUAUUCUAAGUGUUGGUGGUGGAGCAGGUGAGAUGGACCUGCAGAUCCUCUCAAAAGUACAAGCCAGAUAUCCAGGAGUCACCAUCAACAACGAUGUGAUAGAACCAAGUGCUGGCCAAAUCGUGAAGUACAAAGAGCGUGUGGCUGAGACAUCAAACCUCGAGAAUGUAAAGUUUACCUGGCAUGAGGAGACAGCUUAUGAAUAUGAAAGUCGAAUGAAGAAGUGUAAAAAAUGGGACUUAAUUCACAUGAUCCAGAUGUUAUAUUAUGUGGAAGAUAUCUUGGCGACUAUCCGGUAUUUCCACAGCCUCCUGGAAGCAGAGGCCAAGCUCCUCAUUAUCCACUCAUCAGGAACCAGUGGCUGGGAGACACUGUGGAAGAAGUAUGGGUCUUCCUUCCCCAGAGAUGCUCUCUGUGUUUAUGUUUCCUCUGCUGACAUCAAAAGGAUACUGGAUUCAGCUGGGCUGAAGUAUCAGCUGCAUGAUCUCCCAUCCCACCUGGACAUAACAAGCUGUUUUAUUGAGGGCAACAAGGAUGGAGAGCUGUUGCUGGAUUUCCUGACAGCAACUUGUGAGUUUUCUAAAACUGCUCCUCCUGAACUAAAGCAUCGGGUAAUAGAAGAGUUAAGAAAGCCUGAAUGCAGUGAGGAAAAGGAUGGGAAGGUGCUUUUUAGUAACAACCUGAGUUUAAUAGUGAUUGAGCCAUGAGUUCACCUCUUCUUGAUCUGAAGUAAAUAGUUAGAUACAAACUGUUAACAACUGAAAUAUGUUUUUUGUACUUUAUAAAUGGCUUGGUUUACUUCAGUACUGAGAUAUAAUUUUUGAUGCAUGUUAAAAAAAUCAGUAUUAAUAUCUGUUGUUAUAAGUGAACUUUAAUAAAUUGAUUAAAUCAUACAAGGAUGUUCAGCAAGAAGGAGCUUCAUCCCCCUGGUCCCUUCUCCAUGUGGGGAUGUCCCCACUCCAGUACUUGAUGCAUCUAUCUUCCUAAAUGGUUUUAUGGUUUUAAGAAGGGUUAUGUUCUCUACAAGGCACAGUGCAUGGUGGAAUACAGAAUCACAGAAUUGUCAUGGUUGGAAAAUACCUCUAAUUUCAUCAAGUCCAGCCGUCCACCCAGGGGAAAGAAAAACAAACAAAACCCAAACCACACCACAAAAUCACCACCACACCCCACAAAACCACCAACACACACCCCACAAAAAAACCACCAUGCCCAUUAGAGCAUGCCCUUAAGUGCCACCACAUCUCUUGAAUACCUCCAGGGAUGGUGACUCCACCUCCUCCCUGGGCAGGCUGUUUCAGUGCCUGACCACUUUUUCAGUACAGAAAUUCUUUCUAAUAUCUAGUCUAAACCUCCCCUGGGCCUUGAAUGCCAUAUAAUUGCUUGAAUGAAUUUAACAGUCUAAAUACUCAGAAUACUCAGUUAAUGCAGUGAGGCAGGUGUGAUUCCUGCCAUUGAAAUCAUUUGAUUCAGUGUGGAAAUGGUUUGCUUUAGGUAAUGCUUGGGCUGCAAGACAUUAUGUUUUCUUUUUGCAUAUACAUUUCUGAUACAAUAUGGAUUAUUAAUGGUUUGAAGUGAUUUACCAGAGACCAUAUUGGGCGUCAAUAGCUGUUUAUAUUCAUUUUAGGGUGAAUUAUUUGAAACACACAUUUUUCCUAGUGAGCAAAUAUUAAUUCCAGUGUAUUUCAGAAUGUUUCCACGAUAUGUCUCAGCUGUUGAACAGAACAAAAUCUAUUAAAGCCUUUACACAGUGCUACAUACAUACUCCUGCAUCAAAAGACCUCAGUGUAUCUGUAAGCUGCUACGGUGCUGUGUCAAGGUGGGAAAGAAAGAAAAUCUCUCAUUAGAACAGAUUGCUGCAUGCAUUUCUAAUGGGAAACAAAUUAAAGUUACAAUUAUUUUCUUA